CGAGGGAACGGAAGGCCUGGGGACUGCGCCCGUCCGUCCCGCAGAAGACAUCGGAGCCCGGGCCACACCGCCGACAACCCUGGCCUGACUGCACCAUGGUCAACCUGCUGUGCCUCUGCUGCGGUGAAAUCCCUCAACUCCGCCCCCCUCCCCCCCGAGCGGCGGGAGGACCGCGGCGGGAUCCCCGCUCCGUGCAGCCGCAGCAGCAUCAGCACCAGCCGCAGCAGCAUCAGCAACAGCCGCAGCGGCAUCAGCCUCCUGGCUCCGGCCCAGACUCAGUGAAGCUGCGCGGGGCCAACAAAGCCAAUGGGGGGGAUCUCCAGAAAGUGAGCAUGUGAAAUGAGAAGAAGAGGAGUGACUUUCUAACCCUCUCCCUCCCUGACAUGCGAGAAGUGCAGGAUGCUCUCCUCAGACCGGGACUCUGCGGAGGACACGACGGCCAGCGCUCCCAUUGAUGCUGAGGGAGAGGAGCAGGUGGAGCAGGAGGAGCAGCUGGAGCAGGAGGUGCAGGUGGAGCAGGAGGAGCAGGAGGAGCAGGAGGAGGAAGAUCCAGAGACUGGGAGUGAUGCUCUGGAGGAGCAGCGUCCAGUGCAGCAGUCCCUGGGUGCUUGUGUCUGCCGGGAGUCCCAAUGGCGCUGCCUGCUGCUCUCCCUGCUCAUGUACAGCUGUGUGGGCGUGGUGGCCUGGUGUCGGCUUACCCGGGUCACCAAGAUCAGCUUCAACACUGCCCUCACCUCCUCCUUCACAGCCUCCUUCACCUCCUCCAUGCGGGGGGCGUCUGGAAUGGGGGGCGUCGGAGGCCACUCGAUGAUCUACCACGACAGCCCCUGCUCUGACGGCUACAUCUACAUCCCCCUGGCCUUUCUGCUCAUGCUCUAUGUGCUGUACAUGGUGGAGUGCUGGCACUGCAGAGCCAGGAGCGACCUGCAGUGCAAGGCGGACGUGGACAGCGUGUACGAGCGCGUGCUGCGGAUGCGGGCGGCCCAGCCCUGCAUCUGGUGGAAGGCCAUCAGCUACCACUUUGUGCGGCGGACUCGGCAGGUCACGCGAUACCGCAACGGGGACGCCUACACCACCACGCAGGUGUACCACGAGAGGGUCAACACACAUGUGGCAGAGGGAGAGUUUGACUACAGCCAUUGUGGGAUGAAGGAUGUAUCGCGUGGCCUCAGUGGCCUGGAGGGACAUCCGGCCGCUCGCCUGCGCUUCACCAAGUGUUUCAGCUUCACAGAGGCGGGUCCAGAAAACGAUUACCUCAACCAGAGAGCCAGGUUCUUCUCUGAAAUCGAGGGUUUGGACGAUUACAUGGAGGCCAGGGAGGGGAUGCAGCUGAAGAACGUGGACUUCAGAGAAAACCUGAUCGCCUUUGUGGACCCAGAUAGGAUGCCCUGGUACACUUCCCAUGUUGCCUUCUGGCUCGCAGCUCUCUUCAUGCUGUCCUGGCCUCUGAGGGUGCUCAUAGAGUACCGCACUUCUUACGUGCACUACCGCAUAGAAAAACUAUUUGGGUUAGAGUACAGCGGCCCGUCGCCUCUGGAUGAGGACAGGCCGGUGGGGAGUAAUAUCACUUGUGCGAUUCCCCGAGUAGACACACUGGACAGCACUGAGAUGGAGUGGCACAUCCGCUGCAACCGCCAGGUGAUCCCCAGCUACUCAGAGGCCAUGCUGAUAAACAUGAGCACAGCCGACUCUAACUCACUGCAUGACACUGAGUGCACCUCAUCCUCCAACGGCUUCCUGUUGGACAGCAGCCAGGCAGCUCAGAACUACGGUGCUCUCCAAAGCCGGGACGAGUGCGGGCGAAGCAGCGAGCCGCCGGCACAAGGAAGCGAGGCAGGCAGGAGGAGGACCAUCACCAGCUCCAGCUGCUCCUCCAUCUUCUCCUGCCGGGGAGCCCUGUUCCAGUCCCACCUCUCCUCGGACACGUCUCGCCUGUCCCUCUGCCGCAUGUAUGGCUCCCAUCGCACCGUGGCGCUGUGGAGGAGCCACAGCAGCAACCUGACAGACCCCUGCUGUGUGGACGAGCAGUGCUGCAGGUCCGACUCCAGCCAGCUGGCCCUCAGCGACAGUCCACCCACAUACAGGGACGCUAGUUUCUUCCCAGUUCUCAUUGUGCAUCGGUCGGAGGGCUGUGGCAGCGAGGAUGGGAGGGAGGCGAGGCGUUAUUACAUACGAAGAGGGUCGUCCUGUGUGGAGACGUCUCUGUGAAGGACAAAAAGAGGUUCACGGGUCAAGAUUGAUCUGUAACAAUGGACAGAGUCAAUAUUUGAUUGACAAAAUGACAUUAAUGACAACAUAUGGAGAAAGUCUGUAUUCUCCUGUAGAUAUAAAGCUGCAGAUUUGAUGUAUCGAAAAGCCCUGGGACAUUCUCACCUUAACACAUCCUCCUUGUAACAACAACAUUCACAUUGUGUGUGUGUGUGUGUGUGUGUGUGUGUGUGUGUGUGUGUGUGUGUGUGUGUGUGUGUGUGUGUGUGUGUGUGUGUGUGUGUGUGUGUGUGUGUGUGUGUGUGUGUGUGUGUGUGUGUGUGUGUGUGUGUGUGUGUGUGUGUGUGUGUGUGUGUACCUUAACACAUUUUUGUUACCUCUUGAGGACCUUCUCCAAUAUUAACACUGACCUUGCCUGGUCCUGAUGACGCAAACACAAUUCCUGAGGUCCUGGUUAAGGUUAGGAGUAAGAUGUGAAUUGUGGUUAGUGUCUUACAAACCAUUUACCAUUUGGUGGACGGUCACAGUUGCCCCAUAGGAUUACGUUGUAGCCACUGUGAACGAGUUGCAGUGCUGGUGAUGGCAAUCUACUGGAACAAUUCCAAUGGUAUUAGUCAGUACCAUUCAUUUACAAACCAAAUUUAUAAACAUAGGACCAAGAAAAUACCGGAAUUCCCUUUUAAAGUUAGAAGUAUGAGUUUGACAUGGUUACGGUUAGGGUAAGGCUUUGAUUUGACUGUUAGAUGGUCUUCAAUGAAUGGAAGUGAAUGCAAGGUCCUAAUGAGGAUAGCUGCACAAAUGUGUGCCUAUGUGCGUGUGUGUGGUGCACUCGUGGAGUGCACGUGUGGGGUGUUUGUGUAGGCUGAUGGUAUUUGACACAUGACACUGCAUGAUCUGAUCAUAUUUAAAAAUAAAGGUAAAGAAAUCUUCACCAGUUCUUAUGUGUGGUAAAUACAUUUGAUACAUUAAUGAGAACAAUAAAUGAAACGAAAAGAAAAGUUGCAUGUCUUUACCAAAGGUAUUGUGUUUUGGUUUAUGGAUUAACAGCAAGGGCUCGGGCAGCGGGGACAGACUCUCUCUGCAGAAUACACGUGUAUCCUGCUUUUAGUUUUUUUCAUAUAACAUUUUCAAUUAACACAACAAAGCAUUAAACCCAUGAGACAUAUGUGAACGUGUGGUGAAUGUAUAACUACAGGAAAUAAAAGUGGUUCUGAAGGACCGUUGCAUAUUCAA